AAAAAUUUUCUUGCACUUUCCCGGACUUUCCUCUCUCAAGUUAAAAGUUAAAACCCAAAACAGAACAAACAAAUUGGAACCACACACAUUUUCUCCUUCUGUAUCUCACAAUUAUGGUGGAGAAUAGUUUCUCACAUGGUCGAAACAAUGCACUUCCUGCUGGUCUCCGAGUGCUUGUUGUCCAUGCUGAUGCCAUCUGGGUGAUAAUCCUUUCAAAAAUGCUCAAACAGUGUUAUUACGAAGUGACGACAUGUGGUUUAGCAAGAGAUGCUCUGAACCUUCUUCGGGAGAGGAAAGAUGGUUACGACAUUGUCAUCAGUGAUGUCAACAUGCCUGACAUGGAUGGUUUUAAACUUCUAGAGCAUGUCGGACUUGAAAUGGAUCUUCCUGUGAUUAUGAUGUCUGUUGAUGGUGAAAAAAGUAAACUGAUGAAAGGGAUUCAGCAUGGAGCUUCCGAUUAUCUUCUCAAGCCAAUACGAAUGGAACAACUUAGGAAUUUAUGGCAGUAUGUACUAUUAACAGAAAAGUUAGAUAAGGUCAGAGAUAUUGAAAUUGUUGCAGGAAUGGAAAGCAUACAAAUGACUAGAAAUGGAGAAGAUCUGAGUACUUCAGCCAAGAAAAGAAGAGACCCUGGUGACAUUUCUUUCAUAGAGAAAGCCAGAGUAGUUUGGUCCGCAGAUCUUCAUCGGAAAUUUGUCCAAGCAGUAUGUCAGAUAGGAUUGGAUAAAAUUGGUCCUCAGAAAAUACUCGACUUGAUGGAUGUGCCAUGGUUGACAAGAGAACAUGUCGCAACCCACUUAAGGAAAUAUCGUGUUUAUUUUAACAGAUUACAGAAGGAAAAUUACUUGAGAACUUCUGUUGGUGGGAUAAAGCAUUCAGACUCAGCUUGGAAAGUUUCUACUGGUAGUUUUAGCACCCAGAACUCAAUCAACAUGCAACAGAGCUAUGCUUAUGCUUCAAAUAACAGCAAUGGAUUUCCUGGACAACCACGCUUCAAAUAUAACUUUCCUCCAAGCAACUCUAGUGAAAGUGUUGGCAGCAACAAGCUGCGUAAAGAUUUUUGGUACGAUAGCUUACUUCUCUACAAUGUGGAGACCAGAGGCUAUGAAAGUGAUGAGGAGGAAAUUGUUUCACUGCCUGUGGGUCCAUCCACAAUUUCUUCUAGUACUGAUCUUUCUGAUGCUUCAAUGUCUUCAAAUUCUUGGAAUUCGCAAACUGGAUUUAGUAAUUCUUCAACAUCCUCAGGAUCAGAUGUGAACAACAUGGCAGCAUUUGAUUCUACUUUCCUUUUUCAUUCAAUCAAAACCUGACCAAUCCUUGGAAUGAUUGUGCAAUAGGUUGUUGUUUUGUAAUUCUGUUCUCUUUAAAGAUAGACCGAAUGUAAUUCUGUGAAGGAAAUCAUUCAGAAAUGUAUUCAUAAACGUUUUGAAAGAACA